CAGCCCCCUUGGCAUAAGAUGAGAGUGACAACACUCGGACUCCAAUUUCCUUGUUGUUGUCGAUCCGUCCGCAUACGAAAUAUACAAUUACUGAGCUCUGCCUGCGCCCGAAGGAUCAGCUCAGCUCUCAUCCUCCUCGCUUUCUGAGAGCUCUCUCGCCGCGUGCGGCUGGCUCAAUCGCGAACUGUAGCUCUUGCUGAGCGCUUCAGCUCCACUGCUGUUGCGCCACGACUUCUGGUGGAAAGGAGAAACAAGGUCGACUUUCGCAAUCAAUUAUACAGUUUGAACGCAUCGCGCUUCCACAAUGGACGGCCUCCCUCAAACCCAGCACGCCCAAGCCGGAGUCGAAGGACUCGGGACCGGCCCGGCGGCCGACUACACGCCCCACAAGGUGGAUAUCAUCUGCGGCCCACUCCUCAACUACAAGCACAUGAGCGACGUCGAGAGCGGACGUCCCAACUGGCACGGCAGCGUCCUCGUCGUCACCACACCCGGACAGCGCCAACCCGAGUUGACACUUGCGCCUGCGGGCGCCGUCCGCGCAGAGGAGCCUGAGACGUCGUUCUCGGGGUCUUGGUCAGAGGUCGUGAAAGGCGAGAAGCUGUACGAAGAUCCUGGGAAGGCCUUCUGGCGAUUCCUCAUACACGUACCCUUUCAAAAAUUCGAGUCGCGCUGGGAAUACAGGUUCCGAGGAUUGGAUCAGGAUGCAGAGUCCACGCCGCAGAAGCCGCAGGUUUUCGCCGUCCCUCCCGUCGACCAGUCCAUGCGCAUUCUGUUCCACUCCUGCAACGGAUUCAGUGUGGGCACCGACGUCGAGUCGUGGGCUGGGCCCGCGCUCUGGAACGAUGUCCUGCGCAUGCAUGAGGUCAAACCCUUCCAUGUCAUGAUCGGUGGCGGCGACCAGAUCUACAACGACGGCGUGCGCGUCGACGGGCCUCUGAAGCCAUGGACGGAUAUCGGCAACCCGCACAAGCGCCACACAUUCCCCUUCCCCGAGAAGCUGCGCCAGGAGUGCGACGAGUACUAUUACCAGAACUACGUGCGCUGGUACGGCAAGAAGCCGUUUGCGGACGCGAAUGGGCAGAUUCCGCAGAUCAACAUCUGGGACGACCAUGAUAUCAUUGACGGUUUUGGCUCGUAUACGGAUCACUUCAUGAGGUGCCCCGUCUUCAGGGGCAUUGGAGGUGUCGCGCACAAAUACUACAUGCUGUUCCAGCAUCAUAUCGCACCGCCCAAGAGCACAUAUACCACCGAUGCGCCAACCACCAUGGACGUUGGCCCUGACGGCUCAACCGACCCCGUUCAACUCAAGGGAACCUUCGUCAUGACCAACGACGUCGAGGAUCCCUCGUAUAUCAUCGGCGAUCAGAAAGGACCCUAUGUGGAGGAAAAGAGCCGCAGCAUCUACUGCCAGCUUGGGGCGCGCAUCGCCUUCUGCGGCAUCGACGCCCGCAUCGAGCGCACACGCCACCAAAUCAACUACCCAGAAACGUACGCAAAGAUCUUCGGCCGCCUCAACAGAGAACUCUCGGCGAACCGCGACAUCAAGCACCUGGUUCUCCUCCUCGGCGUCCCCAUUGCCUACCCCCGCCUCCAGUGGCUCGAGAAUAUCUUCUCCAGCCCCAUCAUCGCGCCCAUCAAGUUCCUCAACCGACGCUUCGGCUUCGGCGGCACCGUCUUCAACAAGUUCGACGGAAACGUCGAUCUGCUCGACGACCUGGAUGACCAUUAUACCGCGCACCAACAUAAGCGCGAGCGCAGGGAACUCGUGCUCAUGCUGCAGAACUUGUCCAGGACACACAGCGUGCGCAUCACGAUUCUGGGGGGAGACGUGCAUCUCGCGGCCGUGGGACGCUUCUAUUCGAAUCCCACGCUGGGCAUCCCCGCGGAGCAGGACUUCCGGUACAUGCCCAACGUGAUCAGCUCGGCCAUCACGAACAAGCCGCCUCCGCAGGCGAUCGCCAACCUCCUCGCUCGACGCAACAAGAUCCACCACCUGGACCAGGACACGGACGAGACGUUGCUGGAGAUCUUCAACCGCGACCCGGGCAAGGGGGCAGCGCACGGCGCAAACGGCAACGGCGUGACCAACGGCGCCGUCGCGCACGAGGCUAAGGUAUCGAGGAAGACGAGCGACUGGAACCACGCCACCAUGCCCUCGCGCAACUACGCCAUCAUCGCCGAGUCGAAUCCCACUCCCACGCUGUCCUCCUCCGCCCCGGCUCCCGCCCAAGGCGCCGCGCCCACUCCCGUCGAGCCUAACGCUUCCACCGGCGCAGUCUCCGCACAGCAAACGCACAGCUCGUCCCCGCCCCCGGACAAACGGUACAACCACCGCAAACCGAUUCACGCGGGGGAGCACGGCGCAGGGACCGAGCAUCCGGCUGCGCAGGGGUUGACGGCUACGGGGCUGUGCGGGCCGUACGGGCUGGAUGUCACGCUGAGGGUGGAGAUUCGGCAGGGGGAUCCGGCGGGCAGGACGGAUGGGUAUGGGUUCAGUGUGCCGGCGUUGGAGGGUGGGGGGUUUGUGGAGCAGGGGGAGCGGUGGUAGGGUUGAAGAAGUAGAGGGAGGUUUUGGGGGAGAGACGGAGAAAUGGAUGGGGGGUAGGAGGUAAUUAAUGGGUGAUGGGGAAGGGAAGAAUGGAAGAAGGGAGAUGUGAGUGGUUGGGCUUGCGCAAAUUGAGUUUGGAGGGAGGGAGUAUAGGUUGAGGUGAAGGAUACCCGUCUUUUGUUGAUUCUCAUUGCUUCGUUUUGGGUUUGAAUUUCAUCAUUAGCUCUUGCAGGAUGUUCUUUGGUCGUAGGUGUAGUUCUUGUUGUACGGUUUAGCUAGGGUGGAUAUUCCUGCCGCUAUUACACGCGUGUGUUCGGCAGACCUAGGGUAAGAUUGGGAGUGGAAGGUUGGGUAAUGAGGUGGAAUGUCAGGCGUCUCUCUACUUUAUGGACGUAGAGUAUACUGUGUGGUAUAAAAGUUACUAGCAAAACAAUCCUGCCCGGCAUCUGAGGGUGUGAAUCAAAAGAGAUAAGAGAAAAAAAAAGGACG